AUGGUGUGGGUCGCUCCCGCAGCACAGCGUGAGGCCAUCGUCCCACUUUUGGUUUUGCCUCCGCAUGCCAAAUUCUCUGAUAACCCUAGGGAUUUGAUUAACCUAUUAGAAACUGUCUUGUUCACUCAUCAGCCCAGUUGGGAUGAUUGUCAGCAGCUCCUCCAGAUCCUGUUUACCACAGAGGAGCGAGAGAGAAUCCAAAAUGAGGCCAGAAAAUUGGUUCCUGGCGACAAUGGUCAACCCACCACCAAUGUUGACACUAUCAACAUUUCUUUUCCUUUGUCUCGGCCUGACUGGGACUUCAACAUGGCAGAAGGUAAGGAGGGGCUCUGGGUCUAUCGCCAGGCUCUGUUGGGGGGUCUCAAAGCAGCUGCUAGAAAGCCCACCAAUUUGGCUAAGAUAGGGGAUGUACAGCAGGAGCCGAACGAAAGCCCUGCAGCCUUCCUAGAAAGAAUUCAGGAAGCCUUCUGUAGGUAUACUCCUAUGGACCCAGAAGCAAAUGAGACAAAGGCAGCUGUAAUAAUACAUUUUGUCAACCAGGCGGCUCCAGAUAUUAAGAGAAAGUUACAGAAAGUAGACAGAUUAGGAGAAAAGAGUAUUCAGGACUUAGUGACAGUGGCAGAGAGAGUGUAUAACAACCGGGAAACUGCAGAGGAAAGACAGGUGAAAGCUAAUGACUGCCAGACUAGAAACCUGGCUCGGAUUCUUCUGGCCACCACUGUGGGAGAGCUGAAGGAACAUGAAGGUCGUCUGAGAAAAAUUGUGGUAGAAAGAGAAGGUAAGGAAAAUGCAGGGAGCACCCCCGGUUGGGAAAAAAAUCAAUGUGCUUACUGCAAAGAGGAAGGCCACUGGGCCAAAGAGUGCCCCAAAAGACAACAGGAAAGUCGCCCCAAGACCCCCAUCCUGGCUAUAGAUGAACUGAGUAACUAGGGGGGACAGGGUUUGGCACCCCUCCCCGAGCCCAGGGUAACCCUAAAAGUGGAGGGGAGACCUGUCGAGUUCCUACUAGAUACAGGAGCUCAACAUUCAGUCCUACUUGAACCUCAUGGCCAUGUUUCUGACAAAACUUCCUGGGUUCAAGGAGCCACAGGCAUGAAAAAGUAUUCAUGGACUACCCAGAGAACGGUGGACUUGGGAGUGGGCCGGGUAACCCACUCAUUUAUUAUUAUACCAGACUGCCCCUACCCUUUGUUGGGAAGAGACUUGCUCACUAAAUUAGGGGCCCAAAUCCAUUUUGAGCCCAGGGGCGCAGAGGUCCUUAACCAAGAGGGAAAGCCCAUCCAAGUGUUGACCAUGGGGCUAGAGGAUGAGUAUCUGCUACACCAGAAACAGUCCCCUCCUGAUCCUGACAUGAAACAAUGGCUUGCCAUGUUCCCGCGAGCAUGGGCUGAGACUGGGGGCAUGGGGCUGGCUGCACACAGGACACCUGUGUUCGUAGAGAUAAAGCUAGGAGCAGACCCUGCACGAGUUCGCCAAUAUCCCAUGUCCCUAGAGGCCCGCGAAGGGAUAACUCCGCACAUCAGAAAGUUGCUGGCUCAGGGUAUUCUGAGGCCCUGCCAAUCUGCCUGGAACACCCCCUUGUUGCCGGUGCAGAAACCUCACUCAAAUAACUAUUGACCAGUACAGGACCUCUGUGAGGUGAACAAGAGGGUCAUAGAUAUCCACCCUAUGGUGCCUAAUCCAUACACCCUUCUGAGCUCACUUCCCCUGAGCCAUCAAUGGUACAUGGUCUUAGACCUCAAAGAUGCUUUCUUUAGCCUUCCACUGGCACCUAGAAGCCAGCAUAUCUUUGCAUUUGAAUGGAGUGACCCGGAACAAGGCCUCAAUGGACAGUUGACCUGGACCCAGUUACCUCAGGGGUUCAAAAAUUCUCCCACCAUCUUCGACGAGGCCCUGCGUGAAGACCUGGGUGAGUUCUGCCUCCAAAACCCCUAAUUGACUCUGUUACAAUACGUAGAUGAUCUCCUUAUAGUGGCCGAGAUGCAAGAGGACUGCCUAGAUGGAACCAAGAAACUCUUAACUGUUAUAGGGGAACUGGGAUACUGGACGUCUGCCAAAAAGGCCCAAAUCUGCAGACCUGAGGUAAGCUACCUGGGGUACAUACUUAAAAAGGGGCAAAGAUGGUUAUCGGAUGCUAGGAAAGAGACGGUUCUUAAGAUACCUACACCAGAUUCCCCUCAGAAAGUUAGAGAGUUCUUGGGAUCGGCUGGCUUCUGCCGCUUAUGGAUACCAGGAUUUGCAGAGCUUGUGAGGCCCCUUUAUGAGGCAACUAAAGACAAUCAGGCCUUUCAAUGGACAGAAAAACUACAAGAGUUCUUCAACCAAAUUAAGGCUGCCUUGUUGUCAGCACCAGCCUUGGGCUUGCCUGAUGUUACUAAGCCCUUCCACCUCUACAUUGAUGAGAACAAAGGAGUUGCCAAGGGUGUCCUAGUCCAAUACCUAGGGCCAUGGCACCACCCAGUGGUGUACCUCAAAAAACUCGAUCCAGUUGUGUCUGGAUGGACCCCAUGUUUGAGGAUGAUCGCAGCAGUGGCCCUGAUGGUCAAAGAUGCUGACAAGUUGACAUUAGGCCAAGAACUGUGCGUGACCACCCCUCACGCUAUUGAGGGAGUCCUAAAACAGCCUCCGGAUCAAUGGCUCAGUAAUGCCCGCCUGACCCACUACCAGGGCUUACUUCUAAACCCAACCCGAGUUGUUUUUCAGACCCCGGCUGCCUUAAAUCCAGCUACACUGUUGCCAGACCCGGACUUAGAAACUCCACUCCAUGACUGUGCUGAUAUCCUAGCUCAGGUACAUGGGACUCGAGCUGAUCUGAGAGACCAGCCAUGGCCAGAUGCUGAAAAUACCUGGUAUACUGAUGGGAGCAGCUUUGUUCAGGAUGGCCGCAGGUACACUGGGGCAGCUGUGGUGAUGGAAACUGAGGUCAUUUGGGCGAAACCAUUGCCCCCUGGGACCUUGGCACAAUGGGCAGAGCUCAUAGCUCUGACCAAAGCAUUGACUCUAGGACAGGGCCAAAAGUUAAACAUAUAUACAGACAGCUGGUAUGCCUUUGCCAGCGCGCACAUCCACGGGGCCAUCUACAGGGAGAGAGGACUAUUGAUGGCCGAGGGGAGGACUAUCAAAAACAAAGAGGAGAUCCUUGCCCUUUUGACGGCCCUCUGGCUACCAAAGAAAUUGGCCAUUAUUCAUUGCCUAGGACACCAAAAAGGUGACACUCCGGUUGCUAGAGGACAUAACCUAGCUGAUCAGACAGCCUGAAAAGUAGCCCUAGAGGCUAAUUUAACCUUAACCAAUCAGCUGCCCGAUCCAGGAAGUGCUGCCUUGCCAGAAAAACCUCAGUAUACUGAAGAAGAUUUAAAGUGGGUAAAACAAUUACCUAUGCCCCAGUGCCUCAACGGGUGGUGGAAAUCCUCUGAUUGUAAAGUCAUCCUGCCUGAAGCACUGGGAGAACAAGUUCUCUCCAAAAUGCACUGGGCCACCCACAUGGGCACUCGAAAGAUGCAAGACCUCCUGAGACAUGCUGAAAUAAAGAUUCGAGAUGCUAACUCCAAAAUUGAGUGCAUCAUUGCCACCUGCAAAGCCUGUCAAUUGACAAAUGCUACCCACUAUAAAACCAACCCAGGCAAUAGGCUGAGAGGGAACCGACCUGGAGCAUACUGGGAAUUGGACUUCACUGAGGUAAAACCUGGAAGGUAUGGUUAUAAGUACCUACUAGUUUUUGUAGACACUUUUUCAGGAUGGACAGAAGCUUUCCCUACCAAACAUGAAAUGGCAUGCAUAGUGGCCAAGAAACUGCUAGAAGGCAUCUUGCCAAGGCCUCCAAUUUGUUCAUGA